GCCGCCAGCACCCCCGGAGCCGCCGGCAGCCCCCCCGGCACCCCCCGCCUCGUUAGAGCCGCCCCCAUGAUGGACAGCCGCAUCCUGGAGCAUCCCCAUGCCCAGUUCGGGGGCAUGGUGGGCUUCCCUUACCCUCUCGGCCACCACCACGUCUACGAGCUGGCCGGCCACCAGCUGCAGUCGGCGGCCGCUUCCGUGCCCUUCUCCAUCGAUGGAUUACUGAGCGGCUCCUGCGCGGCCUCCGUGGUCACCCCCGCUCCUCUCAUCCCCUCGGGCUGCGGGGUGAGCGCGGACACGCAGCCCUUCAAGCUCGCAGACUCUGGUGACCCGGACAAAGAAAGUCCUGGCUGUAAGAGGAGACGAACCCGCACCAAUUUUACCGGCUGGCAGCUCGAGGAGCUGGAAAAGGCGUUUAAUGAGAGCCAUUACCCGGACGUGUUUAUGCGAGAGGCUCUGGCUCUCAGGCUGGACUUGGUGGAGUCCAGAGUGCAGGUCUGGUUCCAAAACCGCCGGGCCAAAUGGAGAAAGAAAGAGAACACGAAGAAAGGCCCGGGGCGGCCGGCUCACAACUCGCACCCCACGACGUGCAGCGGGGAACCCAUGGACCCCGAGGAGAUCGCCCGCAAAGAGUUGGAGAAGAUGGAGAAGAAGAAACGCAAACACGAGAAAAAGCUUCUCAAAAGCCAAAGCCGCCACCUCCACUCGCCCAGCGGCCUCUCCCUGCACAGCACGCCCAGCUCGGACAGCGACAGCGGCGGCGGGGGGGGCCUCUCGCCCGCCCCACCCGAGGCGAAGCCCCGCGGGCAGCCCCCGCCGCCCCACCCGCCGCCUCCCGCCGCCUCCUCCGAGCCGCCCCCCAGCAGCUGCGACCAAACGGCAGAGCCCUUCUACCCCAGCCAAAGAAGCGGGGCCGGCCGGCUCCAGCGCCCGCCCGACAAAGACUGCGCGGCCGCCCCGUCGGGGGACGGCAGCGGCGGAGCGGGGGGGCCCCGGGGAGCCGGCAGCUUCCACAAGCUCAACCCCUUCAGCGUGGAGAGCCUGCUCUCCGACUCGCCCCCCCGCCGCAAGGCCGCCCUGGACUUCCCCAGCCUCCAGCCCUGCGCUCCCCGCACCCUCAUCGGCAAAGGACACUUCUUGCUCUACCCCAUCACCCAACCCCUGGGCUUCAUCGUGCCGCAGACCGCCCUCAAGGCCAGCCCGGGCCCCGAGGCUGGGCAGCCCCCCCGGGACUCCCCGCUGCCCGCCGCCAACCCGGGCCCCCCCGCUUUCAGCUCCGAACCGGCGCCCGCCGGCGCUCAGCCCGGCCCCAGCUCCACGGACACUGCUGCGGGCCCCGCGCCGCCCCCUCCCGCCGGAGCCUCGCCCCGUUCCGCGGCCGCGCACGGUGAUCCGGCGGCGGCGGCUCCCGCGGAGGGCGGCUCCUUCCCACGGCCCAAAUCGCCGGUUCGGGCCCGGGACGGGAGCGCGACACCCAGGGAUAAAUCGGACUGCGGCCCCGCGGAGGUCGGCGGCCUCGACGGCGAGGAGGUGGACAUGGACUGAGCGGGCGAAAAUCCCAACAACCCCGACAAAAGAAAAAAACAACAACAACAACCCCCCCCCUCUCGCACACACACAAAAAACAGCAAAAACGAACCGCACACACACACAAAAACAACACCAAACCAAACAAUAAUAACGAAACCACCCACCCGACAACGCCAAACACCCCCCCGCCCGUCGCCAGUGAGAAACGGGGUUUGGGGGGAGCCGGGGGGGGGAAACGCUUCCCCCCAUCAUCCGCAUCGCCGUGCCCACAGCCGGGCGCCCGCGGGGGGCGGAGGUGCAGCUCUUUCCCCCCCCUUAGCGUUUGUCACACGUCGAUUCAGGUGAUCAGUUCGAGCUUUUUGGGUUUUAUAUUUAAAAAGAAAAGGAAAAAAAGAAAAAAAAGAAAAAAAAGAAAAAGCGGGGGGAAAAAAAAAAAAUAACAGGAAAAUAGUUUGUUAAGGCGUAGCUGCAACGGCCGGACUUUGUGGUGUGACAAACUGUACCGCGACAACAACGGAACUCCUC